CCGGUCGAAGGAGCCAUGGGAACGAAGGAAAAACCGGUAGACUUGGAUUGUGGAAGUGGACAUAUAAAGGGCACGUCCGUCGCCCCGUUACGAUAUGACCCAUUGGUGUGCUCAGCCUAUAUAGUCGCCGUUUACCUCCUUAGCUCAGAGUUUACCAUUGUUCAAAUCAAUCUCUGCGGUUCGGCAAAUCGUCAACAUGAGCAGAUCGAGACGCGGAAAUUCCGACGCAAGCUCGUCGCAGGGUCCCCACGGCGAAACCUUCCCCUUCGCCCACCCACCCCCCAAAAAUUCCAGCAAGGCGAAGAAAUCCCGACAAUACCUCCGUCUAUCCACCCGCCGCCUCCUCCAGAUCCAACAACUGCAGCAAACAUCCUCCACGCCGCGCGUAACCCCAAUCCUAGAACUCUACCGCCCCUCUUCAUUCGGCAAGUCAAUCCCGCUGCACAACGAGAAUAAGUCCCGCAAAGUCCACGGCCGCGAUCUAUACCUCACGCAGAGCGAACCGUACACGCACCUCCGGAACCGGAAUCGAAGUAAAAGCAAUGGACGCUCCAGUGUGCACUCGAACGGCCUCCUAACCCCGCCUGGAAACGGGCACGCGACAAAACCACGCUCGUGCUCGGGGGCGUCGAGAUCCGGGGCGAGCUCCGUCUCUGGCGAGGAAGGAGGAGAACCUGUUAGCGGUGGUGGUGGUAGCAGCAGCGAAUGGAAAGCGAGAUUCAGAUCGCCGCGGCGGCGGAAGGCGAGCAAGGACUCAGCAUAUGCAUCUGCGUCUGCGUCGUCUGAGGAGAACGAAGACGAGGAGGAGAAUGACGUCGUAGCUGUGAUUCAUACCUCGCCGAAACCCAAAGCAAAAGGCGCCGAGGCGCCACAUGCAGAGCUGUUCUUCCCGCUGUGUGGAUGGUCGUGGGAGGCGAGUUCGCCUGCGCCAGGACGGUAUCGGUUCCGAGACGACAAGGGGGUGGUAGUGUUUGACUGGGAGAGGCGGCCUCCGUCGCGGUCGGGUCCAGUAACCGCGGAGAAAGAUGACGGCGAGCGGUUUGUCCUCGGGGUAUGUGAGUCCGGGGGUGAGACGACGUCAUUGAAGCGGCCUUGGCUGGCGCAGUUGUCUCGGCGUGGCAUCCAUGUUGGUGGGCUUGAGGGCUGGCAGGGCGAGCUGGGGGCGUUGAUGAUCGACGACGGUGCGGGGCUGUACACUUUGAUUCUGACGAUGGCGGUUUGGGUUGCCAGGGAGGCUGAGUGGGUUGGUUAGUCGUGCGGCUCCUCUUCUAUAGAUUCUUGUGGCUUGUUUGUUGAGCGUAUACCCGGAGUAUAGGUGAAUAC